AGAUCUACAUGACAGGAUCAAAGUAAACGGAGAGUAACGGUUCGUCGUUUGCCUCACCUAAGGCCAGCCACCACUGCCACGCCAGCGGAAACUCCAGCAUGACUGCAACAUACAAUAAACACGACGUGCAGGACCGUGACUGUGACGGCAUAGUCCCACACUCGCCUCUUGACCACGGCGGCAAACAGCAGGCUGCUGCUGAAGUAUGUGAGCUCCAGAGACAGGAUGUUGACUGAGACAGUCGGAAGGAGAUAAAACAUACAGAGAGCCAAACUUGUCAAGGCAGCGCAUCUUCCGCGCAUGCGCAGCCUCCUCUCCCCCAGCAGCUCUAAAUAAGAGUUAAAAGAGAAACGAGGUGUAGGAUUCCUGACAAUUGGGAAUGGCUGACACUCCGCCGAGUGACGGCCCCUCGAAGGGCACAGAGUUUGACAUGAUGGGUGCUCUGGACUGGAAGGAUGGCAUUGCCACUUUGCCAGGAAGUGACAUCAGGUUCCGUAUGACAGAGUUUGGCACUCUUGAGAUUGUGACAGACAUAGAGGUCAAAGGGCAGGAGCCGGAGCUUAAAAGUGGGACUUUGGAUCCGGCACCGUCUCACAGUCCCACCCCUCCGCCAGAGGGCCAAUCACAGGGCAAAACGGCAGCAGUACCAGCCAAUAAGAGUCAGUCAGCAGCACCGCCGGGAACAGCCCCUGCUCCUGCUGUCGCGUCUCUGGAGGACCCCCCCAGUACAGAAGCUUCCAAAGCGGAGGUUGCUCCACGUGUGGAAGUUGCUCCCGACAAGGAGGUUACGCAGUGCAAGGCGUGUGGUGGUCAAGUUGCUCGGGAUGCCCUCCUACAGGGAAAGUUCUGUAGCAGCGUUUGUGCUCAGCCUUCCAGUGGCAGGUCAUCUCCAGGCGAGGCCAGGGAGUGUCAGGUGGUGGAAAGCGAGACGCUGGGGAAACGUGUGCGUAAAAAGAGGAAGAUCUAUAUGGAUUCUGGUGACGAGGAGGAAGACAACCAAGAAGAACAAGAGGAGAAAACCAGGACGACCAAAGGCAGGAGAGGAGCCAAGAUGGCGAAACUUGCCGCAGCCCCACAGAAUAAGAAGCGGGCAUGGAGCUGGCCAGCUUACCUGGAGGAGGAGAAGGCCGUGGCUGCUCCGGUCAAACUGUUCAAAGAGCAUCAGUCUUUUCCUCAAAGCCGAAACAGCUUCAAGAUGGGGAUGAAGCUGGAGGGGCUGGACCCGUGUCACCCGUCGCUGUUCUGCGUGCUCACCGUUGCGGAGAUCCAAGGGUAUCGAGUGAGGCUCCACUUUGACGGCUACCCAGAAUGCUACGACUUCUGGGCCAAUGCCGACUCGUGGGAUUUGAAACCUGCAGGCUGGUGUGAGAAGAACGGACACAAGUUAUUGUUGCCUAAAGACUUUAAGGAUCGCGAGUUUAACUGGGGCAUGUACGUGAAGAACUGCAGAGCCCAGCUGGCACCCAAGCAUCUCUUCAAGAGCCUCAACACAUCCGUGACGCCGUCCGGGUUUCGAGCGGGCAUGAAACUGGAGGCGGUGGACAGGAAGAACCCGUCGCUGAUAUGUGUGGCGACCAUCGCGGCCGUGGUGGACAACAGACUUCUCAUUCACUUUGACAACUGGGACGACACGUAUGAUUACUGGUGCGAUGCCAGCAGUCCGUACAUCCACCCAGUAGGCUACUGCGAGGAGGCCGAGCUGACUCUGACCACUCCAGCUGGUAAGACACAGACCAGGACACACGUGGAAUAUAAGCAACCCAAGAGUUUCUCCUGGGAGAAAUACCUGGAGGAGACGGGCACACAGGCCGCCCCCGCUCGGGCCUUCAAACCGCGCCCGCCGCACGGCUUCCAAGUGGGCAUGAAGGUGGAAGCCGUGGAUAAGAGGAACCCCAUGCUCAUCCGGGUUGCCACCAUCGCCGACACGGACGACCACCGGCUCAAGAUCCAUUUUGACGGGUGGAGUCCAGAGUACGACUACUGGGUGGAGACCGACUGCCCAGACCUGCACCCUGUAGGCUGGUCCCACAAAACCGGACACCCUCUCCAUCAUCCAAACGGUUCCAAUGACGUGGCGAGCCCCCCAGGACAGGGCUGUCCCACCCCAGGAUGCAACGGUCUCGGCCACAUAAGGGGACCUCGCUACGGGACACACUACACCCAGGUGAGCUGCCCCUACUCCGACGUCAACCUAAGCAAGGAGAGCCUGCUCCCAGACCGUCUCAGCGGCGAGCGGCCGCCCCUCACGCUCGGCGGCCCCCCGCCCCGCGGGCGGCGCCCCGAACCCAACACAACCGCCGCGACGCCGACCGCAUCGACACCUGAUCCGCCUGAGGUGGCCGACAACCCCCACGGCAGGAAACCGGCGGAGGCGGAAGCGGAGAUCUCGGGACGCAGCGGCCAGCCGGAGCCACCGGGUGGCGUCAGUGAGCAGACUCAAAAUGGAACCAGACUGAAACGGACCGCUCCACUUCCCAAAUACCUGAAAAUGCACUACGUCAAAGAGGAGGUCAGCGAUAGUAAAGCCUCCCCAGCAGACUCCAUCUCCCUCCAGCAGGCCCUCCACGAGUCUGUGUUCUCCCCGGGCCUCACGGCGGCUCCUCACCACCGGAUGGCGCUGUGCUGGGACAAACACUGUCAGCUGCUGCCCGAGGUCCUGGGGCUGACGGCCAAGCGGGUGGCAGCGUGGAGUUCUGAGGAGGUGGCCGCUUUCGUCAAAGGGCUGCCGGGCUGUAAAGAGCAUGCUGCUACAUUUAAAACCGAGCAAAUAGACGGCGAGGCCUUCCUGCUCCUCACCCAAUCAGACAUCGUCAAGAUCCUGGCCAUCAAGUUGGGCCCCGCCCUGAAGAUCUACAACUCCAUCCUCAUGCUGAAGAAUGCCGAUGAAGAAUGAAGAGCUGGCCCGAGCGGCUCCAUCAUGGCGACUCCGCUCCCACCUGGACGGACCACACACAGAAACACUCGGCUUCACUCGCCUGGAAACACUUUGCAUCUUUUUUUAUCAACUGGUGCUUUCCGAGCUCCAAGCAGGUGGCUUUUACAGGUUUUUAAGCUUCUACCACAAUCGGGGGAAAAGUAUUUUCCCAAGAGGCAGGAUGUAGUUUCCUCUCUUAUCCACUAGAGGGAGCAAGAGCUGUGACUUGGAUGAGAGUAACGUGACCUUUUUUUAAUUGUCAAUGAAGAAACUUUCUUUAAAUGACAGCUCUUUCUUUUUUCCCGAGAGAAUUAUGUCAAUGAAAUGUGCAGUCAGUGAAGAAGCUUUAUUUAUUUUCAUCUAUUUUCAUGGCACACGAAUGUAAAAAAAAAAAAAAAAAGCAUCUGUUUUGUUUUUCUUGUCAAUGUAAAUAGAAUCCAGCUACCUAAUGACAGUUAUUAUUAUGCAAACGCUGCAAAAAAAAAAAGUCAGUGUCACGACAACUUUUUGGAGCGUAUACAACAGCGAGUGUUUAUAAUGCAAACAGCUUUUAUUUAUGUAUUCUAAUUUAAGGGUUAAUGGUACCGCGGCCUUGGCUCCGAGGAAGCUGUGGCUGUUUUGGAAUGUGUGUGUGUGUGUGUGUGUGUGUCCGAGAGAGAAUGAAAUAAAUGAAAUAAUAAGAUGCACACUGACUUUUGUCCUCAC